AUGAAGAAAGAACUCUUGCAGAAAAUUAUGCAGGUCGUAAAAGGAGAGGAACGAAGAGCCGAAGCUCAAUCAUCAGCCUCAUCCUCCUCAUCAUCAACCAAACGACUGCCACAACAAAAACAAAGAAACCAUUCAUCCAAUAAGAAGCAUCUCGCUGCUCAUUCAUCAUCCUCUCAAAAACCGAAUCGGGGUAAAAAAGAAUUUAAACCCUAUCCUCUCAACGUUCCAGAAAGUAGUCCUCUCACUGACAUGGAAUACAAGUGCCAUAUUAUGAGUCUAUUGAAAGAUGAUCUCAGUACUUUGCAUAGAGUAGAUCUCUUAUCAUCAGAUCAAUUCCCAAUCAUGGAUCAGUUACGAGAUUUACUUCAUCGUAUUUCCAACCGAAUCUUCAUGAAACCCAACAAGAAUGAAAUGUAUUUGUGCGGAGGAUUGAAAACCUUGUGUUUGUUAUUUAAUCAACUCUCCACGUACAUGUUUAAGGGAGCCAAGAAUGAAACGAAUGAAACGAUGUGGAAACUCUAUGAAGAGAUUUUGAGUGAUUUUUCUUUCAUCUUGUACAAGAUGGCUGAACAUACAAAAGCAAGAAAGGUCAUGUUGUCGACUGGAAUUUUGUAUUCUAUUUGGAGAGUGAUUCAACAAUUAUGUGCCAUUUCAGCUGAUGAGAAUAUCCUUGCAGAACAGACAUCCGAGAAGGAAAACAAAAAGUUUUACAAACUCAAAAUGAAUUACAACUCAGCUGUGGAGAGUUCUAUUGUUCACAUGAAUGACGUGAUGGAACUCUUGUCGUCUGGCUUGUCACUUUCUGCAGAUUUUGCAGAAUUGUUAAAAUCUGCCAAUAGAGCCUUGUUUGAUGAAGCCAAUGAAAAAGAUGAAUUUUCAAACGAAGAGGUGGAUACCUUUGGAUUGCAGAGUUGUGACUUGUUUUUGGGAACGAGCAUUGACCUACCUCUAGAGAAGUGGACUCAGGAAGCAUUUGAUGAAUUUGUACGAACGAAUACCAAUCCACAAUACUUUAUUCAUAUGAAUGAUUUUGAUAUUCAUUUACAUGGUAUCAUACUUCAAGCACGAACACAAGAUUUCCUUGAAAAGUUUUUUGUGAAAUGGAAUUUUGAGAAUCAACAUUCUGAUGAUCAAAAAAGUAAUCGUGCGCUUGGAUUUUACAUUCUAAAGAAAGAUCAAAACAUUUCAAGAUUUGCCUUACUGAAAUUCCUGCAAAUUGUGUACACAGAUUCCUUACUAAUCACUUCCAAAGACAUUGAAAUUUUACGAAAAGAAUUUGAUGAACAACAAAUUCACACAAAACAUCAAACGAAGGAUGAAGACGAUCCAAUUCGAGUAUUUUCUGUAGACAACAUGUUGAAGGAACAAGGUUUAUUAAGCUUGAUCGAUUCUCUAAAGAAUGAAUCCACAAAGGAAGCUAUUUUAAACUCGAUCAACAUGGGCCAUUCCAAUUCCAAUCGUUCUUCAGAAAGAAAUCAAGAGGAAGAAAGUCUAUUCGACGACUUUGACGAGCAAUUAGUGAAAGAUGAAUGGGAGCUCAUCAACAAAAGGAAUCGUAGUAGGGAAGAAGAAGAAGUAUUGUUUUCGAAAAGAGACAAGAUUCGAAGACAUGCGAUUCAAACAGGUGGACUCGAACAAGACAUGACUGCACUUUUCACGUCCAUCUCAGAAGAAUUAUAUCACAAAGAGAAUGAAGCUGAUGUGAUUAUUCAAACCGAGGGCAAUGCAUUGGGAGCUAUUGAUUUGGAAAUUUGCAACAGUGACAAUGAUUAUACCAAAAAGUUUGUGAACCAAGUGCUCACACCAACACAAGAACGAGGAGGAAUUUUCACUCAUCGGUGUAUUUUAGCAGCAAGAAGUGAAUAUUUGAGGAAAGUAUUCAAAUACGAAUGUAUGCCCAAAUGCUUGCCCAUUGUGGAAGGCAUGGAUGUAGCAGAAUUAUCAACCAUGGAUAGUGUGAUUGAUUGCUCUUUGAAAACGAUCGAAAUUCCAAACUUUUCCUAUUCAACACUCUUUUUAGUGUUGAGAUUUAUUUAUUGUGGCCAAAACGUUCUCAAGUCACUCGCUUCAGACUUGAAUAAUCCACAUUCUGCAAACAAUGAUACACAAAAGCGAAACGUUUCAGAAAUUCAAACGAAAUUAUCAAGCCAUCCAUUGAUUCCUGAAACAUUUAUUGAGUGCUUAAUAGCAUCAGAUUUAUUUUUACUUUACGGCUUGAAGAAGUUUGCUGAACAACAAAUCGUUCAACAGCUCAACGAAAAGAGCCAACAGUGCAAUAAGGAAUUUCUCGUCAACCUGUACAAUAUUUCACAACUCUAUAAUUCUGAAGCUUUGAGAGAGAAAUGUGAACGAUUACUGAAUUGA